AGGUAAUGAUUAAUCCAUCAAGCACAAAAAGGGUUGUUUUCAGGAUUUCAGGUUCUACCUCACCAUUUCAAAUAAACAGCAGCAACCACGGAAUGACAACUUCACCACCAGAGGAGUAAACCACGGGUUCUAACUGGGACUGGAUAACCGAAUCAGACAUCACCAGGAACCUGUGAGCAGUUGUUAAAAACUUUUAUGUGCCAGUGAAGUAGGGAUCAGCAGAAGCAGGUGUUGGUGAAACGAGUGGUCUUUGAAGAAGCCCCAAGAUGCAGCCUGAGAUGGAACGAAAGAAAAAAAGCUUGAAGCAGAGAUUGGUCUUGAAGAACACUUUAGCCAAGGAAACACUCUCCGAGUUCUUGGGUACAUUUAUAAUGAUUGUCCUUGGAUGUGGUUCUGUUGCCCAAGCUGUUCUCAGUCGAGGACACUUUGGAGGAAUCAUCACUAUCAAUACUGGAUUUUCAAUGGCAGUUGCAAUGGCCAUUUAUGUGAGUGCAGGUGUCUCUGGUGGCCACAUCAACCCAGCUGUUUCUUUUGCAUUGUGUCUUUUUGGACGGAUGAAGUGGUUCAAAUUCCCCUUUUAUGUGGGGGCACAGUUCUUGGGAGCCUUUGCAGGGGCUGCAACCCUCUUCGGCAUUUACUAUGAUGCAUUUAUGUCUUUUGAUGGUGGAAAACUGCUCAUCGUGGGAGAAAAUGCAACAGCACACAUUUUCGCAACAUACCCAGCUCCGUAUCUGUCUCUGGUGAAUGCAUUUGCAGAACAAGUAGUGGCCACCAUGUUCCUCCUCAUUGUCAUCUUUGCCAUUUUUGACUCGAGAAACUUGGGAGUCCCCAGAGGCCUAGAGCCUGUUGUCAUUGGCUUCCUGAUUGUUACCAUCGCCUCCUCUCUGGGAAUGAACAGUGGCUGUGCCAUGAACCCAGCUCGAGACCUGAGUCCCAGACUUUUCACUGCUUUGGCAGGUUGGGGGUUUGAGGUGUUCACAGUUGGGAAUAACUUCUGGUGGAUUCCUGUAGUGGGCCCUUUGGUUGGUGCUGCUGCUGGAGGCCUCGUCUAUUUUCUUCUCAUUGAAAUCCACCACCCAGAUCUGAACCCAGACUUGGAGGCAGAACAACCAGAGGACAAACCAGAGAAAUAUGAACUGAAUGCAAUCAUGUAAUAGCGUGCUCAGGUCUGGGUUUACAGUUGGCUACCUACUGGGCUUUACAUUUCACAAAGCAUCUUCACACACAUUAUCUAAUUGAAUCCUCCUAGUGACCAUCUGGGGUAAAUAUCAAGCUGCUCAUCUUUCAAAUAAGAAAACAAAAUCUUAGGGAAGUUGAGUUGCCUAAGGUCCCAUGGAAAGUUGAACAUUAUUGAAUGCAUCCUAUAUAUAUCAGAUUAAUAACUGCACAAAAAGUUUGACCAGCUCCUCCUGGCUCACCAGAAGCUGCCAGACUUUGCACACAGCCUGGGCAACAUUCUUCUGGAUCCUAAGUCAUAAAGACUGCCAUUGUCUGAUUUUAUUCCCAGAAACACUGCAAAGGGAAGAGGUAGCCCAUAUUUUUCAUCUGCUGAAGCACAUUAUCAGAGGUGACUAAGGGUGACCCUUCCUAGGCCACCCUUAGUCUUGCUAAGUCUUGAUCUUCCUGACCAUCCCAGCAUUGUACAUUCCGGGAAUUUCCUCUUGGUCAGGCUCCUCCCUGUCACUUUAGUCAAGAGUCAGUGAGUUAGGGAACUCUGCUCAACGUUAUGAGGCAGUCUGGAUGAGAGGGGAGUCUGGGGGAGAAUGGAUACAUGUGUAUGUAUGGCUGAGUCCCUUUUCUGUCCACCUGAAAUGAAACUGUCACUGCACUGUCAAUCGACCAUACUCCAAUAUAAAAUUAAAAGUGUGAAAAAAAGCGUCUGUGAAUUACAAGCAUGAGAAAUUGUUCUAAAUCAAGUGAUACAGCUUGGUCAAACUGUCAUAAAGCUCAGAAUUCCCAGACUAUCCAGUUUCUCAACUGUUGUGUAAUGAUAACAGAACAACAAAAAGCACAUGUGAAAAGUCUCCAGGGGCCUUUAAUAGACAGUAAUAGACUGACAUAUGGAAUUUCUUCGUGCUCUGAAACUACUGGCAUUUCCUAUUUGAAAUAAAUUUGGAGUGACAUGUUUGUUUGGAGUAA